AUGGGAAACUGUGGAAAUGUGAAAAAAUCACAGUAAUCAUAAACUUAUAAAUCGCAAAGUGAUUUGUAUUAGAUUUUAGAAUAAAUUACAGAUUUAGAUGAAAAGAUUUUCUGUGUAAUUUUUGGAAUGCUUAAAAAAGAAAUGAUUAAAGACCCCCUAUAAUUUCUUUCAGAAAGGGUAAAUCAAAGGAAAGUUGAAUAGUAUGCAUAAUAAGUAGCAAAGUUAACACAGGUUGAUAACGAGUAGAUGUAAUAUGUCGGAGAAAUUAACAUUUAGAGAUUAACAGCAGCUCUGAAAAAAAUUAUGAAUCAUGAUUUUAAUAAACAGAAUUAUUCAAAAGAAGCAUAUGAAAAAAUUAAAUAAUAUUUGAUCACAAAAAUAUCAUAUAAUAAGAGAAUCAUAGAAUUUCUAAAAUUUUUAGUUCAUCUUACUGCCUUAGAUAAGAGAUACAUAUAAUGUGGAUCAAAUUCACUUCAUUUAUUAGUUGAAAUGAAAGUGGAUUUGAAGACAUAAUCAUUUGAAAAUAUUAAAAUUAGGAAUACUUCAUUAAUAGGGGCAAAUUUUGUGAGAUGUGACUUAAGUGGAUCUGAAUUUUAUGGUGUAAUUAUAAGUGGAAUGAAUUUGAAUGGAGCCAAAUUAUUUAAUUGUAAAUGGGAAAAUCUAAGAAUAAAUGAGGUGAUGGUGUUAAAUGGUCAUCUCAAUGGGUUCAAUUAAGUUUUUUUCUCUCCAGAUGGCAGAUCAUUGGCUUCAUGUGGUAAUCAUAAAUUCAUAUGUUUGUGGGAUGUUAAAACAGGAAAAAUCAAGUUUGUAUUAAAAGGAAAAAGCAAUGUUAAUUCAGUUUGCUUCUCACCUAAUGGUACGACUCUGGCUUUUGGUGAUUGCGAAUUUAUAUAUUUAUGGAAUCUCAAAACAGGGAAAUAAAUAUUAAAAUUAAUCAGCCACCAAAACAAGAUACAGACAGUUUAGUUCUCUCCUGAUGGUACUACAUUAGUAUCUUGUAGUGGUAGUGGUUAACUAUUGGAUAAUUAUUUUAUCCUAUUAUGGGAUGUCAUAACAGGAUAACAAAUAGGCGGAUUAUAUGGCUACCUUAAAAAAAUUAUGUCAGUCUGUUUCUCUCCUGAUGGUUAAACAUUAGCAUCUGGCAGUUCUGAUUACUCUAUCAGUUUAUGGGAUGUAAAAACAGAAUAAUUGAACGCCAGAUUAUUUGGUCAUAUUGACAGUGUUUAGACAGUUUGUUUCUCUCCUGAUGGAACGAUUUUAGCAUCUGGUAGCUUAGAUAUGUCUAUCAGUUUAUGGGAUGUUAAGACGGGAUAAUAAAAAAUCAAAUUAGAUGGUCAUAGAGAUUAAGUUAAUUCAAUUUGUUUCUCUUCUGAUGGCACCACAUUAGCAUCUGGUAGUGGAGUAUUGAAUGGCGAUGAUAAUUCUAUCCGGUUAUGGGAUAUUAAGACAGGACAAUAAAAAGCUAAAUUAGAUGGUCAUACUGAUUGUGUUAAUUCAGUCUAUUUCUCUCCUGAUGGGAAUACAUUAUCAUCUUGUAGUUAAGAUAACUCAAUCCGUUUAUGGGAUAUUGAAAUAGAAUUAUAAAAAGUCAAAUUAGAUUAUCAUACCAAGACUGUCCAUUCAGUCUGUUUCACACCUGAUGGCUUAACAAUAGCAUCUGGGAGUGAUGACGAAUCUAUCAGUUUAUGGGAUGUUAAUACAGGAUAAUAAAAGGCUAAAUUAUAAGGUCAUAGUGAUAAAGUUUGGUCACUCUGUUUUUCUCCUGAUGGAACAACUUUAGUAUCAGGUAGUUCGGAUAAGUCUAUCUGUUUAUGGGAUGUAAAGACAGGAUUUUAAAAAGGAAAAUUAGAUGGCCAUAGUAGAUAAGUCAUGUCAGUCUGUUUCUCUCCUGAUGGUACUACAUUAGCGUCUGGUAGUUAUGAUAACUCAAUCCUUUUAUGGGAUAUUAAGACAGGAUAAUAAAAAGCCAUAUUACAUGGCCAUACUAAAUAAGUUAUGUCAAUCUGUUUCUCUCCUGAUGGUACUACAUUAGCAUCUGGCAGUUCUGAUAACUCAAUCUAUUUAUGGGAUGUUAAGACAGGAGAAUUAAAAGCCAAAUUAGUUGGGCAUACUAGCUCUGUAUUGUCACAUCUGGUGGUGAUGAUGCAUCCAUCCGUUUGUGGGAUCCUAAUUAGGUGGUCAUACUAGCACUGUUUAUUCAGUUUGCUUCUCUCCUGA